GCUUUGUUUGACACUACAAACUCGCACACAGCGAGAAAUAUUGAAUCGGGACACACAAUGCAUAAACAUAUGUUGAGAAAGAACCAGGUCAGGAAUGAAAUCAUUUUAAAAGGACAUCGGUUCUUACAAAAUAACAGCUGGAACUGGAUUUUUGACAUUUUAGAAAUAUUACCUGUAUUUAAAAAGUUUGACUAUAAACCCAGCCUCCCUUAAAUCAAUAGUUCACCCCAACAUUUGUUUUUCUUUUUUAAAUGAUUGACCGCAGGCCUCGAUGAUUUGAGCACACGCCUCAGCGUUUUAGUACAAAACAUUUGACAUUUAUUUCGUGUAAAUUUCACCAGUGCAGAACUUCAAUCAAAGAGGCCAAAGAACAAUCAGUUCCAAAAGAAAAGACAGAACCGCUAAUUGAAAGAACAAGUUGACAAAGAACCCUAUACACAUUAAUAUGUAUAUAAUUAUGGUGGAUUUACAAGCUUUUUUUUUUUUUUUUUUGACAGGGAACACUACAUCAAGCCAAAAAAGUAUCCUUAUUUGUUAUACACCGUGUGAGCAAUUUUUUAGCAAAAAAGAAAAUAUUUUUUUGUUCAAAAUGACUGGAACACGACGUGAGAGUUCAUUCUAAAAUUCUAAAAAUAUUCUGUGAAAAAAGUGUUUGCAAGCCUUUUUGGAAACAUUAUGUCACAGUCUGGGUUUCCACAUCUCUCUCACUGCUCGCGUUGUCUUGACCUGUUAGUGGGUGGAGUAGAUGAGUAGUGCGAACAGGUAAAGGUGUGCGUCAGUGCGUUCUCCUCGCUAUCGGAACCCUCGAAACGUUUUGCAACUCGGCCGUCGUGGACGUAAAACGAAAUACUCGUCCGAACUGUAUAAUGCUGAAGAAAACGCAAGGCUCGGCCGACGUGGACGCGUCGCGCAUUCUUGUGAAGGGACCCGAGUUUUUGAGAAGACAGAUGGAGCGAGAAAGCGAGGCGAAUAGAGGACGCGUCAGCGCGGUGGAGAGGUUGGCAGCCACCAAACCUCAAUAUGUAAAAAGCCAACAAGUGGUCGGUUCCACGCAGGAACCAGCUAUCAGCGACGGGUCUGCUUCCGUGAGCAGCCAAGGGUCUUCAAACGGGCACGGUUCCGUUAAUAACAGCGUUGAUGUUGAGGAUACACGGUCGCCCGAAGAAGAAAUUAAUGUGGUGAGACGGAGCAGCUCGAAGAAACGAGACUCCAUUUUACUAUACAGGCAAAAGUGCGAACUCUUAAGAGAAUCGCCUGGCGGGAGUAGGAGAUUGAUUAAAAAGUCGCUCUUCGCCUUUAAAGAGAAGACAAACGCGUUUUCAGCGGCGCGCGGUGGCGAAUGCGACACACGUAAGGCCGCUCAGGUGACUUUGACCAUCUCUAACGGGCACUCGGGCGAGACGAACGGAAAGCCGAAAGGACCUCUGCACAGGAAAGUCGCCGAAACCCAGGAGCAGGACCGCAGGAGCCGCAAGGGGGUGGCGCGCUCCAGCUCCGACAUCAGCUCGCGCUACUCGAGAAACUUCGCGGACUUCGACGCGUUCUUCAAGUACUGCGGACUCGAGGGCGACGUCGUCGAGUCGCUGGGCAGAGAGAACUUCUCCGCGCGCUCCGAAGACACCGGCUCCAAAAUCCGGAGCAUCAGCGUCUCGACUUCGGAUGACGGGUUCUCGAGGGGCAGCGACGGCCCGCACGAGGAGGAACUGCAGGAGACCGUGCGUCAGGGGUCGUCGGUGGUCGAGCGCAACGCUCGGAUCAUCAAGUGGCUUUACAGCUGCAGAAAUGCGGCGGAGUCGGGGAAGACUCUUCGAGAGCUGGAUUAACUUGGGUCAUGUUAGAAGCCCCGGUUUGCCCAGUAUCACGCAUAAAAUGACCUGGUUAGCCCGAGAUGGCACACGUGCGUCUGCAAGACGUCUGUUACAGAUCGCGUGAUCUGGAAAGCGUCUGUUGUGCACGAACAUCCGUAAGAUGUCAGAUUCAUAUACAUUCUAAAUCAUCAACAUCUUAAAGACAUCUUUUAAACAUCUAUUUGCCAUCCGAUAGACGCCAUAUUGCAGCAAACACAAAUGCAUCUUGCAGAUGUCAAUUGGAUGUGAUCACAUGUGACCUGAUCCCUUGACUCUGUAAACAUUUUAGUAUUUAGCCAAUCAGAGAAGCUCCCUGCCUGACCGAGUUGGCUAACUUGUUCAUUAUGGUCAUAUUCAACCUGCUAAUUCACCAAUUUCUUAUGAGGUUUUAGAAUGGUGAGUUAAAGUUUGUGAGUAAUUCUGUGUUUGAGAUUUUGCCGUACAACAUAAACCACACACAUUUAUACCUCUCACCUGAAAGCAUGCGUAACAAAUUGCUAUUAUAUAAGGACAAAAAACACAUGUCCUCAUGGAAGUUUUAGUCCUUGUUUUACAGCUUGCUGAUCUGUAAUUUAUGUUGACAUUAAUAUUUCUUAAGGGAAUGCUAAGUACAGAUCGUCUUGUACUCAUAAAUCCAAACCCGGCAUUCUAAAAACCCAUAGGAAAUUCCAAAGAGAACACAUGGUUGAAAAAUGGCUAAUUAUCAUGCUGGUUUUAGGACCUCAAAAUGCUGUAUUGGUUUAGCUGUUUUGGUUAAGCCUUUUGUACAUGCCAGUACUUAAAUCCUGGUUAUGUGUGUUACUACCUAUAUAUCACGUUACUUGAUUUUGUAAUAGAAAAGAAUUUCCUUUGCAUUUUAUUUUUGUAUGUUACGUGAAAAACCUCUUGCACACGAAUCUAUGGAUACAGUAUUGUUUACAGAGACAAAUGUUCAUGCCAAGCAGGCCAUCAAGCCUGUCAGCUACGGAAUGCAGAGGGUAGCACCUGGCCCAGAGAUAUGAAAAGAUAUGGCUUAAAACAAGCACUUCUGUCUAUUGUUGCGCAACAGCGGAAACGGUGAACAAUAAGCAUUCACACCCAAAGUGGGUGUAUUUAAUUUGUGUCACUGUCACUUUAGUUCAAAGAUUAGAUGUCUGUUUAUUCCGUUUAACAACUGACUGUUAACAACUGACUGUUAAUAUCUGGCCUGACUCAAUAGGCCUUGCAAAUGUAGAAUGGUAUUUUAAGUAACUUGACAUAGCGUGUACUUUUUGUGUCAAACAACCUUGACACGCUAUGCAAUGAUUUUAUAUAUAUGACUAUAUGUAUCAGUCAAUAAAACAUUUUCUUACUGUUAUUAAGCAGU